UCAACUUUGAUCGUCAUUAAGGCAACACCUUCGCUCGGAUUAUUAUUUAGCAGCCACAAUUGUGCGCGUUUUCCUGUCAUCGGAAUUUAUUUGCAUUUAAACAUUUAUUUGGGCCAAAAAUCCCCCAUCUUUUGGUAAAAACGUAUCCUGCAUCCUUCAUCUCCAGGAUCUGUGUUUAAGUGUUCGUUGCCGGUGUUCUGGAUGUGUCGCUCGGCUGCAGCGGUGCUCGCGGCGCUGACCGCUCUGCUGUGCGCGGCUCGGCAGUGCGCGGCGGCGGGGCGGAACCAGCCGCUGAACUACCGGCCCAUCAUCGGUGUGUUGGCUCAGGAAAAUGUUCCAGAUGACCAGUAUGCUCAUGGCUUCUCUUACAUCGCUGCCUCCUAUGUCAAAUUCCUGGAAGGAGCCGGGGCUAGGGUUGUACCUGUGAGAAUCAAUCGCACAGAAGAAGAAUAUGCACAUAUAUUUAACGCGAUAAAUGGGUUGUUGCUUCCGGGAGGAGAUGUAGAUAUUCAGACAUCACAGUACAGUCGAGCAGCUAAGAUCUUUUACGACUUGGCUCUAAAGGCCAAUGAUGCUGGGGACUACUUCCCUAUCUGGGGAACCUGCCAGGGCUUCCAGCAGCUGUCUGUCCUCACUGCCAAUAAAAACCUGCUGACCAUCACUGAUACCAAGGCAGUGGCUCUCCCUCUUACUCUCACACCAGCAGCCCAAUCCAGCCGUCUGUUCCGGAGUUUUCCCAAAGAUCUUCUGCAAUCUCUGGCUGUGGAAAACAUCACUGGCAACUUCCACAAAUGGAGUCUGUCUCUACAGAACUACAGCCGAAAUGCCAAACUGAAGAGGUUCUACAAGGUGCUGUCCACUAACAACGAUGGGAAGAAAGAAUUCAUCUCCACCAUGGAAGCCCACCGAUACCCAUUCUAUGCCGUGCAGUGGCACCCAGAGAAAACUCCCUUUGAGUGGGUGGAUAAGCCGGGCAUGACUCACUCCCCCACUGCCAUAAGAGUCUCUUUCUACACCUCCAGCUUCUUUAUCUCUGAAGCCAUGAAGAACCAACACCAUUUCCCCAGUCUGGUGGAGGAAGAGCGAGCGCUCAUCUAUAACUUCUCUCCCGUCUUCAGAGGCAUGAAUUCCAUCUUUAUCCAGAACUAUUACUUUGACUAAUUCACAGUACCUAAGAUGGAACAGACCUGGGGCUUAGUUUAGUCAGAACUCGUUAUUAGGAGAAAAGCAACUUUAAAACCGAGCUCACGAUGAUAAGCGGAUUUGAAAAAAAGGGAAACAUGCAAAAACAAAGCUUAAAGGUCCCAUGUCAUGGCCAUUUCUACUGAUCAUAAUUCCAUUG